AUGCACCAUGAUAGUUCACCCGCCAUAGUGUACUGUGAUGUCAAGUCUGCCAAUAUCCUUCUGGACCCCGAGUUCAGAGCAAAGAUAGCUGACUUCGGGCUUGCUCGGAUUCUUCUCAAAACCGGAGAUCCUGAGUCAAUUUCUGGCAUAGGUGGUACCUUUUGCUACAUGGCACCAGAGUAUGGAUACCGGCUUAAGGUGAAUGAGAAGGUCGAUGUCUACAGCUUCGGAGUGGUCCUGUUGGAGCUCACAACGGGGAGGGUGGCAAAUGAUGGAGGCUUGGAGUACUGCUUGGCAGAAUGGGCAUGGAGACAGUAUCAAGAGUAUGGCCUGUCAAUUGAUCUUCUUGAUGAAGACAUUCGAGAUCCAGCCAACAUUGAAGAUGCAUUCGCAGUGUUUACGCUAGGUGUGAUCUGCACAGGUGGGCAGCCUUCAGUGCGGCCAUCAAUGAAGGAUGUGCUGUACGCUCUUCUCCGGUUUGAACAUAGAUCCAGGGAAAGAAGCCCGCGGCAUGUUGUCUCUGAAGAAACGUCACUUCUAGAAUCCUAG